AUGGAAGACCCUACCUUAGCACUCGUUCAUGGGCCGAAAGAACCUCAUCUUGUGUUUGAGACUCUUGGGAAGCUUAUGGACAGGCAAGCCGCUCAAUUUCCAGAUCACCCUGCCGCAAUAUUCCCAUGGCAGGCUGUGCGACUUUCAUAUCGCCAGCUAGUGGAUCGGAGCAAAAACUUUGCUAAAGCGUUGCUCGAAAUGGGUCUCCGCCAUGGUGACUGCGUAGGCAUUAUGGCCGGCAAUUGUCAUCAAUAUCUUGAGGUCUUCCUAGGCGGGGCACGAAUUGGUUGUCCUGUUUUUGUCUUCAACAACACAUACACUCCUGAAGAGUUGCGGAAUGCGGUUAAUACGAGCAAGGCUUCGGUCAGCUCAAGUGAUAUUCUCAACUUGCAGUUCACGUCAGGAACUACGGGAUCCCCGAAGGCAGCCAUGUUGACACACGUGAAUCUUAUCAAUGACGCCCGCUUUGUUGGUGCUGGCCUAAAGCUCACCUCUGAUGAUGUGAUAUGCUGCCCGCCACCUCUGUUUCACUGCUUUGGUCUUGUUAUGGGAUUUCUAGCUUCUUUCUGCUAUGGGAGCACUAUCGUCUUCCCAUCUGACUUUUUCGACGCCAAAAAGGUGGUAGAUGCAAUCGUGGAAGAAGAUGCAACAGUCCUGCUAGGUGUUCCUACGAUGUACGUCGCGGAAUUAGAAGUUAUGGCGAAAACGGGGCAACGACCUCGCCGUUUGAGGACCGGUCUAGCAUCUGGAUCUGCCGUAUCUCAGGAUCUGAUGAAUGAGCUCCGGAACAGAAUGGGGGUCGAGAAGAUGCUUAUUGCUUAUGGGAUGACUGAAACGAGCCCAGUCACCUUUCUCACCGAUAUUAAUGACUCGGAUGAGAAACGUACUAACACUGUUGGGAGAGUGUUUCCUCACACAUCUGCCAAGAUUAUUGAUAAGAAUGGCAAAAUUUUACCGAGUGGACAGCGCGGAGAGAUAUGCACGAGUGGAUUUGCACUACAAAAGGGCUACUGGAAGAAUGAAGAGAAGACAGCUGAGGUCAUGAGAAAAGACGAAAAUGGCCUCCUUUGGAUGCACACUGGUGAUGAGGGUAUCAUAGAUCAAGAGGAAUAUUUACAGAUUACCGGUCGCAUCAAGGAUCUUAUUAUUCGAGGAGGAGAGAAUAUAUUCCCUCGAGAGAUUGAAGAACGAAUUACAGCACACCCCUCAAUCAGUGAGGCUAGUGUUGUUGGAGUGCAAGAUUCACGAUACGGUGAAGUUGUAGGAUGCUUUUUGAAGAUCGCAGACAAGCAAGACCAAGUCUCCGACGAAGAUGUCAAAAGAUGGGUUAGCGAAAAACUGGGUCGCCACAAAACGCCCCAGUACAUAUUUUGGAUUGGAAAUGUUGAUGUUGGGGUUGAUUUCCCAAAGACUGGAAGUGGCAAGCAUCAGAAGCAUAUAAUGCGAGAUAUCGCGAAUCAGCUCAUUAGUCGCGACACCAUCAAAGCAAAACUUUAA